AUGUUGUGCCAUGGUUAUAACCAGUCGUACAAUUUCUCGGCGUCUCUAGUUCGGAAUAAAAACUAUUGCAAGGUUACUUGGAUCUGGUUUACUCGGCUUUUUAUCGCGUGCAAAUCUCGAAACAACCUGCCGCUCGUACCGAACGUGAAGUUGCAGCCGAAGUCCACUGUUGGACAGACAAUCAAUAGCAUAGAAAAAUGCUUUAAAUAUGAGCCACUACUAUCCGACGAGAUUCGCCUUUUGUCCGUCGCGCCGGGGGACUCAGAGCUCAUUACUUGCGAACUCAUCCAUGUCAGACUAGACAGCAAGCUCAAGUUCUGGGCGUUGUCGUAUGUUUGGGGCGCACCAGAAAAUCCCCCGCUGAUUGAGGUCAACGGGUGCUCCUUCGUGGUUACGAGAAAUCUGUACCACGCAUUGCAUGAAUACCGCCGGCAGUUCGUGGGGUGCGAUGGCGACACAAAUGGCGCAUUCAUCUGGAUCGAUGCCAUCUGCAUUGACCAGACUAAUCACAGGGAGAAGGCUAUUCAGGUUCCACGCAUGUCUGAGAUCUAUGGUAGAUGCGAACAUGUACUGGCUUGGCUCGGCCCUGUGGAUGAUGCUAAGCAGGACACUGUCUGUGAGUUGGCACAGAGGCUUGAGCAAUUUGGGGGUCGUGCCGACUCUCCGAGUGACGGCAACUUCGCAGACAGUCAAAUCAGCUCUUUUCGAGAAAGUUCCUAUACAAGUACUGAAGCUGCAGAAGAAGUCCAACGUCUGCGGCAGACACUGAUCGAUAUUGGCUCACGAACUUGGUUCCGACGUGUGUGGAUUCUUCAAGAAGCAGUCCUCUCUCAGAAACCACCGAUACUCCUAUGCGGACCACACGUCUUUGGCUACGACAUCUUCUUUAGGACUUGGGUUAGGCUCCUGGACCCAUCCAUAGAUGGACAACUACUCAUCACAUUCUUGGCCCGAAGCCCUGUCCGAUUUAAAGCUGUUGAGGGAAUCUACCAGAAGAUCCUUAACACAAGGCCCAAUCGAGAAAAAGGCGACCAAAAAGAGAAUGAGAGGCAGUGCGCGCUGGAUAUUCUCCAACUAAUUGGCGAAUCUACCGAGUUGAAGGCGACAGUUCCUCAUGACUACAUAUACGGACUUCUUGGGCUGCUUGACUGCAAUCCGUUACCCGAGGCAUUAUUUCCUGACUAUACGAAACCUUUCGAAGACUUGUAUCAUCGAUUUACGGCCUUUAUACUUGCCGAGACAAGAGACCCUCGGGUCUUGAAUCUUGGCGGUGUGGGCGGACUUGAGGGAGCCUGCAUUUCAUUGUCCGAGGACAGAAAGGUUCUCACAAUGCCCGCUAUCCUUGUCGGGAGAUGUGUCUCUGUGUUUGGUCCGAUACUACCUGACCCGACAACCGGAACGAUUGCGUCAUCUGUCUUUUUGGACUGUGACAAGGCAAUUAUCCAACCCGCUGCGGCGAUUAUACAGGCCACGAGAGUACAUGUAAUGCGCCAGUGGUUCAGAUACCAUCUUGCUGAUAUCUUUACUGUCCAGAGGCUUGAGAAAGACCCUACCAUCGAGCAGAGUUUCUUGAUGGCUUACUCGUGCAUGGUCCAGAGCCAACCAAUUGAAGAGUACAGCAACUACUUCAAUUCUCAACGACAGCUACAAGGGGCAGAUGGGCUAGCAAGAGACAGGGACUUGCAGACCUUCAUGCUCGGGCAUGGUCUUUUUGUUCUGCAUAAUGGUAUCACGGGAGACUUGGCCAGGAAAGAUGUUUCGGCUGCCAUAGGAGAUGCUGUUUGUGUUUUCCCUGGUCUUUCAACACCAUUUGUACUUCGACAGCAGGAGAAUGGGAGUUUUCGUGUUAUAAGCCAAGCUGCCUUUUGGAAGUAUCCGGGCACAGAUAUCAGGGAGGAUGCUCUCGAGGAGUACCGCCAGUCCUUUGUGGACGCUCAUCACAAACGUCCCUCGAAGCAUGAGGUUCGCUGUAGCGUUCUAUCGGUCAUCCAGGUUAUUAUUCCCUGGGAGCUAGGUGCAACAUGGAAAGUACCGGGUACGAUAGGUUGCAAAAGCUAG